AUGUCUACCUCGAGAGGAAAGGCACGCUCAGUGCUAGGGCCGUCUACCAAGGUAGCCGUUUUGCAGGAAGAAGACAUACAUGAGUGCCAGGUGCUGCAAAAGCACUGA